UUCUGCUUCUAGGGUUACUGUUUUCUUGCAUCCAUCACUAUAUAUUCGAUCCUAUAUAACAACACUUCUCUUCACAAACUCUGCCACUCUGAUUGCGUUUCUCUCUUCUUUCUAACUCGAAUUAAGAGAGUAAACAUGGAUUCUACAAAAAUUUCAGCUCUCCUCUUCAUUUGCAUGAUCUUUAUUUCCUCAGCCACCUCAAUUCUUGGAUGUCAUUCUUGUGGCAACCCAAAGAACAAACACCCUAAGACUCCUAAAGGUUCCAUUACACUCCCUCCUAUUGUUAAGCCACCAGUCACUCUUCCUCCUAUUGUGAAACCACCUGUCACUCUCCCUCCACUGCCAGUUCCUCCAAUUGUUAAGCCACCAGUGACACUCCCUCCACUGCCAGUUCCUCCAAUUGUUAAGCCACCAGUGACACUCCCUCCCCUGCCAGUUCCUCCGAUUGUUAAGCCACCAGUGACACUCCCUCCCCUGCCAGUUCCUCCGAUUGUUAAGCCACCAGUGACACUCCCUCCUCUGCCAGUUCCUCCGAUUGUUAAGCCACCAGUGACACUCCCUCCCCUGCCAAUUCCUCCAGUGCUGCCAGUUCCUCCUGUGACACUCCCUCCCCUGCCAAUUCCUCCAGUGCUGCCAGUUCCUCCUGUGACACUCCCUCCUCUGCCAAUUCCUCCAGUGCUGCCAGUUCCUCCUGUGACACUCCCUCCCCUGCCAAUUCCUCCAGUGCUGCCAGUUCCUCCUGUGACACUCCCUCCCCUGCCAAUUCCUCCAGUGCUGCCAGUUCCUCCUGUGACACUCCCUCCCCUGCCAAUUCCUCCAGUGCUGCCAGUUCCUCCUGUGACAGUUCCUCCAGUGAUUACAAAUCCACCAAAGGGAAAGCCAUGCCCACCGCCUCCUUCAUCCAAGGAUACAUGCCCUAUCGAUACACUAAAACUUGGUAAUUGUGUGGAUCUUCUUGGUGGGUUAGUGCACGUUGGCCUUGGUGAUCCAGUUGUGAACCAGUGCUGCCCAGUUCUUAAAGGACUUGUUGAACUUGAAGCUGCAGUCUGCUUGUGCACCACUCUCAAAAUCAAAGCUCUUAACCUCAACAUCUACGUCCCGCUUGCUCUUCAGCUCCUUGUUACCUGUGGGAAGACACCGCCUCCUGGUUACACUUGCUCUCUCUAGAUCCAAGCUAAACUAGCUAGCUGAUCAUCCAUGGAUGAAAGAUUCGACAUGAGAGGAUGUCGAGCCCUCUUCCUUUCUCUCUUGGUCAAUAUUGUACACCAUUUAAUUUUUUUUCUUCUUCUUUAAGAUUAAUGCUUUAUGUAUGGUUUGUCUUUUAGACAAGAAGCUAUCAACAAUGUUUCUCUCUCAAUUUAAGACCUUAUUGGGUUCUCAAUUUGUUA